AUGCAGCACUUCAAUUUCCUCGACCUGCCUCAGGAGCUGCAAAGAAAGGUAUUGAAGAGUUUUCUAGACGACACGCAGACGUGGGUCAAGGUCGAUUCUCAAUCGCUGCGCCGUCCCGACAACACCUGGACAGUUGCCAUUCAAUACCAUUAUAACCUUCCCAAAGCAGCCUUCUUGGUCAACUCUUUCUUUUAUGAAGAGCUGAAAGCUCUUUUGGGGGAGAGACAGAUAACGCUGGAUCUCAGUCAAGUGUUCUCGUGGUCUUUGUCCGAGCAGCCACCUUCGACGACUCGCGCACGUUUCCACGACAGUGUGACAACGGUGCACUUCCACGACGCAAGUCUUGGGGGUGGAUUGGCAAGCAUAGCCGGUCUCUUUCCCAAUCUCCAACAGGUACAUGUCCGGAAAGCAGGGACACACUCUUGGGAACGUUCUCGUCUUUGCACAAGGAGAGUGGAGCGACCACAUACACUAAUUAACAUGAUGGCUGCAAUGGCUGGGAGAGAUCUACUUUCGAUCUUGAGUGGUGACGAUGAUGCAUAUCUCGGGCAUUUAGCAAGACGGAAGAUCGACUCAUUACUUUGUGUUGAAGACCACGAAAUUCUCAAGAAGGUGUCGCUACAGAUGCCCUUCCGCUUUCAGAUAGAGCGAGCAAGCGACUUAUGGACGACUACCUUCGAGAAAUACAACUUUCCUGGAAAUAUCCUUGUCAUCGUUGUAACCAUGAAUGCAGACGGUUGCAAAGUCUUGCGGAAAUACUUUGCAAGGAUGGAAAGUGGCUCGAGAAAACCAGCUCCUGCCACAUUGGUGUACGAACAUGUCUCCGCCGAGGAUACUGCUCUUGCCGAGGAAUCAAGACAUCUGACGACUCGCAAGCUAGAUCUUCCUCGCUUCGAAGGUGUGUCUUAUGAGACAGUAGAGGUAUCAAAGCCGCAGAGAAUUUCAGGAUAUUGUGGGACUGGGGCGGCGAUGGAGCACAGGUCUUGGUUCGAAUAA